UUCCUCAAUUACUUUUGGAUAAAUGCUUAGACGCAGAACCUCAAAACCGACCAAGUGCUAAAGAAUUAACUAAUGCACUGCACCAAUUUUAUGAUGAUUUGAAAAAUAAAAAAAAACUGAAUUAUAUAAACAAAUUAGAGAAGUUGAAAACUCAUGCAAAAGCUUCUCAAUAUAUGAUCAAAUUAAAUCGUCACGACUCAACUAUCAGAUAG